UCCCGCCUGCCAGAGGUUUCUCGACUUACCCGACGUACCGUCUGAAGUGUUUCACCAAUCAGGUGGAAUCGUGACAAGUCCUGUUUUAGGGAGAGUUACGUGGAUUUACGAAUGAUCGUGGGAAUGCUUUCAACAGGCUUUUGUCUUUUUCUGAAGAUUGAAAGAGACAGGGAGAGAGAGAGAGAGAGAGAAAGAGUGGCAGAAAAGUGCAGUUUUAGGGGAUAAAUUAAUUUUAGAUGAUAGAGAGAGACGAUAGUAAAUGCUUUGGCUGCUACAGGUCAUCGGAGUGUACAACUCGCAUCGGAUUGGCUCCUCGCACACGUUAGAGAUCCAUCUUUGAACAGCAACGACCCCAGAGAAUAUAUUCUUUAUGCUUGUCCCACUGGAGCUUUUGCGGAGAAACUUCUUAAUUUAUGGACGGAGAGCAAGGAGUUGGGAUGGAACGGAGCUCAUAACUUUAUGCCCCACGUUACUCUGGUUUCGUUCUUUAAAGCACCCGACGAGUGUGCAGAGAGGGUAGCAGCGGCACUGGAAAGCGUCGUCGACAAGAACGACUGUUUAGAUCGUAUCGGUCUAGAAGCUUACAUCUCGCCUAAUUUUAUGGGCUUAUUCGUCGAAGACAAACCUGCCGAAUGGCUCAAAUCGGUUGCUGUUCGUUACGUUGCUCAGCUAGCAAAUUUAGGAAUCACUGCCGAACCUCAAACGAAAUCGCUGCACCUCACGUUAGCAUAUCAGUUCUCUAGCAGUCUCUUUCAGCCACUAGCAUCUAUGGUUCAAAGGCUAGGACCCCUGGGCACUCCGGCCAAUUGGGAGCUGAGAUUGUACUCCAGAGAUCCUCGGUUACAUAACGCUCAUGUACAUAAAGUUACGCACGCUCAUGUUCCUCGAGAACACGACGAAUUAGAGCUAAGACCGGGAGAUUAUAUUUAUUUACCGGAAGGAGCGUGUAAAUCGUCAAUUGAUGGAUGGGUAGAGGGUAUUUCAUGGCUCACCGGCAUUACAGGGUAUCUCCCUUUAAAUCAUACCAAACGUACUGCAGAAUCCGACUCGUGGACACUCCAUGCUACCGUUCGAAUAACCAGUAGUAAAAUAGAAACCGUGGAUGAAGAAUUAUCCGAGGGUAGAAAGUUACCAAUUUUAUCGUCUACCGAAUCUCUGGAUACUCCAGACGGCAUAGCACCAGAUACUGAACCGAUGGAAGCAUCACAGCCGCCUUCGAUAUUAGCAAGACAAAUUUUUAUUUGUCGACACGGAGAGCGAGUGGAUUUCACAUUCGGUACUUGGAUUCCAUACUGUUUCGAGCCCGAUGGUUGUUACGUUCGUCGCGAUCUAAAUAUGCCUAAAGAAUUGCCGCCGAGAAAUAUUCAAGACUUUCAGAAUGACAGUCCUUUGACGACCUUGGGCGAAUUGCAGGCAAGCUUGGUCGGAAAGGCAAUGAAGUCGUCGGACGUUAAAGUGGACGUGGCCUUUGCUUCACCGUCCCUAAGAUGCGUCCAGACUCUGUCAAAGAUCUUGAAGGGCCUUAAUUCCGAUAUUCCUAUUAAGAUAGAACCUGGGUUCAUCGAGUGGCUUGCAUGGUAUCCUAAUGGUUUACCGACUUGGAUGACUCCUACGGAGUUAUUAGAAGCUGGCUUCAAUAUCGAUCAAAACUACCGUCCUAUUAUACAAACCAACGAGCUUCCGUCAAGAGAGAAUGCUGCACAGUAUUAUGAACGAAGUUUCGAAUUGAUUAAGAAGAUCAUUGAAAAUACAGCAGGUAAUGUUUUAAUAGUGGCCCACGCAGCAUCCUUGGCAGCAUGCACCAGACAACUUACCGGUGGAAGAGUGCCACCAGCGGCAGAAGUGACACGUCUGGUACAAAGAGUUCCAUACUUGGCAUGUUUAACAGCUCAUAAGGGUCUCAAAGGAUGGCAACUUCAUCCUCCACCGUUUCCACCGAUCACGCAUACUAGUAAUAGUAGAUUUGAUUGGAAAAUCUUAACGUAGACUAGGUCAAUGUUUGGACAACUUAAAGACAUUUCCAAUUUCCAACUUGCACGAAGUAUGCGCAAUCGUAAGACUGGCGAUACAAUGAAUUUUGUGCAUUAGUACCUCAAACUGUCCGAAAAGUAGGAAACCUCUCAAGUAUUACAAAUCAAAUCAGCUAUAUAGCACGAGAGUACGUAGGUGUGAAUACAUAGUGAGUAUAUUUCAUCGACAUCAAUUGUGCCUCAGAAAUCGGUGAAUUCCUUCAGCUCAAUUGAUUUCAACGCAAACGAAAUCAAGGCGAUGGCCUUUUUAACUAUCCCUAUAAGAGAAUGAAAAUUAACGCGAAUUCUUUAAUUAGUACGAACACUGGAAUUCUAUUUUGUCUUCUUAAUAUCCAAUGUUGAAGUAGAAAGUAAAUGUUUCAAAUUUAUAUUACUUAUAAUGUACAAUGUACUUAAAUUCAAUGCCUAGUACGACGUAAGUAGGAAAUGAAUAUCGCUGUAUAGUAUUAUGCGAACGAAAAUUGUUCUAUAGAAUCGAACAAGUUACGAAAAACAUGGGCUAUCGUUAGGGAACUUGUUGUCAAUUAUUUAUAACUCGCAUUUUUAAAUCUUUACAUGUUUCACGGAUGGUGUUAAAAACAUGUAUUUACAGCAGUUAAUGCAAUUUCACCUUUUACAGAUUAUAAUAAGUACAUAUUAUAUAUGAAUAUCAGUAACAUUGGCACGAUCCUUACCGUUAUGUUUACCAAAGAGAAUAUACUAUACGUGUAUAUGAAAAUAUUUUAUUAAAAAAUAAAAGAUAAACCAAA